CGCUAUAAUGGGACAGAUACAAAGAUGAGUCCUAUAUCUAUCUCUAUGGAAAUAACUUCUCAAUGUAAUUUGCAGAUCAGUCAGUCAAAAUGUACCCAUGAUACAACACGGUUUUGACGCGGUUGAACACGGCCAUUAGGUGGGAAGGCCACUGUUUGCAAUGGGACAUAUGUUUUAUCGACGAAUCUAUUGUUUAGUCGUGUUAUUGAUAUAGUAAUGAAGCUGUCAUGUCAAUGCAACCUUUAAUAUUAUAAAUUCCUGGGCAUGCGUUUCGAUGCGUUUUUUUUUUUACUGACGAUGGAUUAUCAGUUUCUAAUGUAGUCAUUGCUAGAUAGGUAACGAGCACAUUAGGUGCCCAGUAACUAUAGCUAGCAUAGCUUCUGAAUGCUAAUAUUCCAAAUGUUCGUGGUCGUCGUCUAGCUACGUAUUUUGCCMAAAAUUAACGGUAGCCAAUGUUUACAAUCUCGCUCGAGCCUUGUUUUGUGCGUUAUUUCGCAACACGAGAAGGUUGUCAUUUUCUCGUCGCUAUUGCAUGGACAUMAUGAUGCGCGCGACUUGCGCACAAUGUUUAUAUCGGUGAAUUCUCGUGAUAUUCUACGAUUUGAUUAGUUUAUUCGCGUUAAUACCAACCACUCAUCCUCGAAUGUCUAUGGAGGGGGACGAGGGAAACCGCGACCAAUCGUCACGGGAAGAGUGGACACUCCUGUUUUGGACCACUCUCGCUGUCGUAGUGCCCGUGAUCAUUACUUUGUGGUGCAGUGUCCAACGCUCCAAACGGAAAAUACACAUGAAAGACUUCUUCCGCAAGAGCAAGCACGGUUGGCACUGCACGGACCUGUUCAACAAGCCCACCUACUGCUGUGUAUGCCAACAACACAUUCUACAAGGGGCGUUCUGCGACUGCUGCGGAGUGUGCGCCGACGAGACAUGCCUGCGUCGCGCCGACCGGAGCCUUGUGUGCAAAGAGAUUAUGGCUCCGUCCCUAACGGAUGGGACACUGGAGCACCGCUGGGUCCGGGGAAACGUCCCUCUCUGCAGUGUCUGUGCGGUCUGCAAGGAGCAAUGUGGGAACCAACCGAAGCUGUGUGACUUUAGGUGUGUGUGGUGUCAGACCACGGUGCACGACGACUGCAAGCCCAGCCUGKCGGACGAGGAGCGCUGUGAGCUGGGCGAGUUCCGCAGCGUCAUCAUCCCCCCUCACUACCUCCACCACGUCAACAAGCUCCGCCGCAGGCACCCCGAUGAGUACAGCAAGGUCAUAGGUCACACCCAGGGAGGGCUGGCAUCUGCCUGCGGGAGCAGCUGGACUCCAGUGCUGGUCCUGGCCAACACUCGCAGUGGGAACAACAUGGGGGAGGCUCUGCUUGGAGAGUUCCGCACCAUCCUCAACCCUGUCCAGGUGUUUGACCUGUCGGAGCUGCCUCCCUCUAAGGCCCUGCAGCUGUGCACCCUGCUGCCUCCAGGCAGUGUGAGGGUGCUGGUGUGUGGGGGGGACGGAACCGUGGGCUGGGUGCUGGAUGCCAUCGACACCAUGAAGCUCAAGGGCCAAGAUCAGUUCAUCCCCAGGGUGAUGAUCCUGCCCCUGGGUACGGGGAACGACCUGUCCAACUCCCUGGGCUGGGGGUCGGGCUACGCCGGGGAGAUCCCUGUGGAGCAGGUGCUCCGGAACGUCCUCGAAGCAGAGGUGGUCAAGAUGGACAGGUGGAAAGUUCAGGUAGCCUCAAAGGGGCUCUACUUUCGUAAGCCAAAGGUCCUGUCCAUGAAUAACUAUUUCUCAGUGGGCCCGGAUGCCCUGAUGGCKCUCAACUUCCACACCCACCGUGAGAAGACUCCCUCCUUCUUCUCCAGCCGAAUCAUCAACAAGGCUGUAUAUUUUAUGUAUGGCACCAAAGAUUGCUUAGUUCAAGAAUGCAAAGACCUGGAUAAGAGGAUUGAGUUGGAGCUGGAUGGAGAGAGGGUGGCCUUGCCCAGUCUGGAGGGCAUCAUCGUGUGUAACAUCGGCUACUGGGGCGGAGGCUGUCGUCUGUGGGAGGGCAUGGGGGACGAGCCCUACCCCCCUACGCGGCUGGAUGACGGGCUGCUGGAGGUGGUGGGUGUGUAUGGCUCCUUCCACUGUGCUCAGAUCCAAGUCAAGAUGGCCAACCCGGUGCGGCUGGGUCAGGCCCACACAGUCAGGCUGGUGCUGAAGACGUCCCGGAUGCCCAUGCAGGUGGACGGGGAGCCGUGGGCCCAGGGYCCGUGCACCAUCACCAUCACCCACAAGACCCAGGCCUUCAUGCUCUACCACAGCGCCGAGCAGACGGACGACGACGACGAAUCCAGCACCUCCGAGGCUGAGAGCUCCGCCCCCCAUGACUCUCCCAAGCCAGCAGGUCCCGCCUCUGCUCGUGCCUGAGCCCCCAAGUUCCACCUCUUCAAUGUUUCAUCCAUACCCCUCCUUUGUUCGUUGUAGUAAAUGCUGAUGACAUAAUGCCACGCUUGCACACUCCCCAGAUGAUAKAAGUGAGAGCUCAGGCAUAUUCCCGCCUCUGGGUAAAGGAGGGAGAUGUUUCAGUGGAGGAUGGUAUAUUUGCACUGAUCCCUUGUUCUAUAGUUAUAACAGUUUGGCAGUGUUUCCCAACAUGGACCCCGUGUGUCCCUGACUCAGGAGCAAGCAUUGACCUCGACACUCGUACUCCUAUGAUAGAAUAUAUAUUUAUAUUUGUAAGUCAAUCACUGGACGUUUGUUUCGUUAACUCUAUUUCAUGAUGAUGCACUGUUAAUGCCAUGUUGGCCAAAUCCCCUAUUCCAUGUGCUGUAUUGCRCAGACACUAGUUAGUGGUUACUAAGUCUUAAGAAAAUGUUACUUGAUUAUAUUUCUUAAAAUGAGUUUAUUAGGACUCCUAGUUAACCAUUCCUAGUGAACUAGCCGUUGCUUAUGAAGGA